AUGCCGGCGGAGAGUCAGGAAAACUCCGCCGUCCCCAUCCCCAAGGUAGGGACACUACGCACACCACAGCUUGGCGCGCACACAGCGGGCAGCAGGCCCUGCUCGGCGCCGGGGCGGAGGCUGCUGGCCAGAAGAGCCCUGAGCACUCGGUCAAGAGCUGCCAUCCCUUUUCAAGCACAGGGCUGUCACCUGCGGUCUGACAGGGACCAGGACGUGGGUGAUACCCAUGAUGCCUCUAUUGACGCAGAAAUCUCUUCUUGGGCGGGGGAGGGGGGCUUUGAGAAAUGCUUUCAUCAGGCAGAUGCAGGCCCGUCUAGACCCGGCCUUGACGGGCCACUCUCACGGCGACCGCUCAGCUGGGAAGGCGCAGUGGAGCUGCGCUGCGUCGCCCGGGAAUGGCCGGCCAGGAGAGGCGCCCUGACAGACCAAACCUACUCUACUUUGUGCCAGAGGCAAACAACUCUUGAAUUUAAAGUUCUGUUCCCUUGGAAACCAGAUAAAAGUGGAAUGUCAACUGUUUCAAGGCGAUGUUGCUUAGGGCACAGCCCUGCAGUGUGUCUGGCCUGCCUCCAUGUGCCGGUGUUACCUUCAGUCCCUGCGUCUGUCUCUUGGGUAAGGAUCACAUCCGGAAGUUCAUUGUCAGGGUUCCCUAAGGCCCUCUUUGGGAGUACCGUGAACGAGCGGCACAGCCUACCACACCCCAGUGUCCAGGAGUCUAUGGAGAAGAGUCCUGCUCUGGUUUGGCAGCCCUGACCCAGACUGCAUCACGGGGACCGUGAUGAGAACCUCACAGGGGUCAAGUGCAAAAGAUGUUACCAAUUAGUCACCAAGGUGGCACCAGCCAGGGUGAGAGCUGGUAGGGCCCUCAGAAGUCUCCUCAUCUGAAACCCUCAUGGCCACAUGAGCCCAAAGAGGGGAAAUGACCCACCCAAAGCCUCACAAUAAAUAGUUAGACUGACUAGCACCUCCACGUUGGCCUUGGUGUCAGAGGACUUGGCUUCAAACGCCUGCUUUGGUGCUUCCUGGGAGGCGACCUUACAUGUCCUCAUCUAUCAAAUGAGUUUGCUGUGAAGAUUUAAAGACUGACUCUAAUUCCUGUGGAGUAGUUCAUGGGGCCUGCAGUGACACGACAGUGUCCGUUACACCUUCUCCUGCAGCCCCAGCAGAACUGAGGCUGUGUGGCGCUGGCCUGGAGUAUCUGGCCCCAGGUUGGCGCAAGCUGGGCGAGCCUGCGUCUCUCCUCACCCCAUGACGACGGUGACAAGGAUGAACCCAGCCAUGGAGGCUCUCAGAGCUGCUGACCCAACUACUGCUCUUCCUGCUUGGGCUUCGAGCAGCUUCCGCGCUCCCUGCUGUCUCGCUGCACCAGAGCACAGCCCUCUCAGGGCAGAGAACGGACUCCACACUGCUUCCCAGUGGGCAUCUGGCAGCCAGCCUACUUUUUAGGGACUGCUGGAAUCAGAAGAACUCUUGGGGAUCACCUUGUCUACACACCUCCUUUAAGGAUGAGGAAACUAGGGCCAAGAAAGGGGAGUGUUCUGUCGACUGAUUAAAACCACACU